ACUGCAGCUGUCCGCCCCACUCAGUGUCGCCGCGCUGCCUACCUGAGUAGGAGCGCUCCGGGGCGGGGGUGCGGUCGUGCAAUAGGAAGCGGAGUGCUUUGCAAGCUUCCCGUGGGACACCCGCUAACCCGGCCGGACACCGAGUCCGGUGCAUCCCCAGCCGGUCUCUCUGGUUUCCAUUUUUGGUGCUCCAAGUGCCCCGCUCGUAGCAGCCAUGCCUCUCAGCCGCAGUCUCUCUAUGUCCUCGCUUCCAGGACUGGAAGACUGGGAAGAUGAGUUCGACCCGGAGAACACAGUGCUUUUCGAGGUGGCCUGGGAGGUGGCCAACAAGGUGGGCGGCAUCUACACUGUGCUGCAGACGAAGGCCAAGGUGACGGGGGAUGAAUGGGGUGACAACUACUACCUAGUGGGACCAUACACGGAGCAGGGUGUGAGGACCCAGGUGGAGCUGCUGGAGCCCCCAACGCCUGAACUGAAGAGGACUCUGGACUCCAUGAACAGCAAGGGCUGUAAGGUGUAUUUUGGGCGUUGGCUGAUCGAGGGGGGACCCCUAGUGGUGCUCCUGGAUGUGGGGGCCUCAGCCUGGGCCCUGGAGCGCUGGAAGGGGGAGCUUUGGGACACCUGCAACAUCGGGGUACCCUGGUACGACCGUGAGGCCAAUGACGCUGUCCUGUUUGGCUUCCUCACCACCUGGUUCCUGGGUGAGUUCCUGGCCCAGAGCGAAGAGAAGCCGUACGUGGUUGCCCACUUCCAUGAAUGGUUGGCAGGCGUUGGUCUGUGUCUGUGCCGUGCCCGGCGAUUGCCAGUGGCCACCAUCUUCACCACCCAUGCCACACUGCUGGGCCGCUAUCUGUGUGCUGGUGCCGUGGACUUCUACAACAACCUGGAGAAUUUCAAUGUAGACAAAGAAGCAGGCGAGAGACAGAUCUAUCACCGCUACUGCAUGGAGCGCGCGGCCGCCCACUGUGCUCACGUCUUCACCACUGUGUCCCAGAUCACCGCCAUUGAGGCUCAGCACCUCCUCAAGAGGAAGCCAGAUAUUGUGACCCCUAAUGGGUUGAACGUGAAGAAGUUCUCUGCUAUGCACGAGUUCCAGAACCUUCAUGCUCAGAGCAAAGCCCGAAUCCAGGAGUUUGUGCGUGGCCAUUUCUAUGGGCACCUGGACUUCAACUUAGAUAAGACUUUGUAUUUCUUUAUUGCUGGCCGCUACGAGUUCUCCAACAAGGGAGCUGAUGUGUUCCUGGAAGCCUUGGCCCGGCUCAACUAUCUGCUCAGAGUGAAUGGCAGUGAGCAAACCGUCGUUGCCUUCUUCAUCAUGCCGGCCCGGACCAACAACUUCAACGUGGAAACCCUGAAGGGCCAAGCCGUGCGCAAACAGCUGUGGGACACAGCCAAUACAGUUAAGGAGAAAUUCGGGAGGAAGCUUUACGAAUCCUUACUAGUGGGGAACCUCCCAGACAUGAACAAGAUGCUGGACAAGGAGGACUUCACUAUGAUGAAGAGAGCCAUCUUUGCCACUCAGCGGCAGUCUUUCCCCCCGGUGUGCACCCACAACAUGCUAGAUGACUCCUCAGACCCCAUCCUGACCACUAUUCGCCGAAUUGGCCUUUUCAACAGUAGCGCUGACCGUGUGAAGGUGAUUUUUCACCCAGAGUUCCUCUCUUCCACAAGCCCUCUCCUCCCAGUGGACUAUGAAGAGUUUGUCCGUGGCUGUCACCUUGGGGUCUUCCCCUCCUACUAUGAGCCCUGGGGAUACACGCCUGCGGAGUGCACCGUCAUGGGCAUCCCCAGCAUCUCCACCAACCUCUCUGGCUUUGGCUGCUUCAUGGAAGAACACAUCGCAGACCCCUCAGCUUACGGCAUCUACAUUCUGGAUCGGAGGUUCCGCAGCCUGGAUGAUUCGUGCUCACAGCUCACCUCCUUCCUCUACAGCUUCUGUCAGCAGAGCCGGCGACAGCGCAUCAUCCAGCGGAACCGCACAGAGCGGCUGUCAGACCUGUUGGAUUGGAAGUACCUAGGCCGGUACUACAUGUCCGCACGCCACAUGGCUCUGGCCAAGGCCUUUCCGGAUCAUUUCACCUAUGAGCCCCAUGAGGUAGAUGCUACCCAGGGCUACCGUUACCCACGGCCAGCCUCCGUGCCGCCAUCGCCCUCACUGUCUCGACACUCCAGCCCACACCAGAGUGAGGAUGAGGAAGAGCCCCGGGAUGGACCCCUGGGGGAAGACGGUGAGCGCUAUGAUGAGGAAGAAGAGGCUGCCAAGGACCGCCGCAACAUCCGAGCACCAGAGUGGCCACGCCGGGCCUCCUGUUCCUCCUCCACUGGCGGAAGCAAGAGAAGCAACUCAGUGGAUACUGGACCCUCCAGCUCACUCAGCACGCCCUCCGAGCCCCUGAGUCCUACCAGUUCCGUGGGCGAGGAGCGCAACUAAGCCUCUCUCCCCGGCUCCCUGCCUGCCCUGCGUCCCUCCUGGGGGCCUAUACAGAUGGGAGGGUACCCGAGUACCACUCCAGACCGAGUGAGACCCCUACCAGUGUGGUCCAUAGCCCAGUUCAGACACUCCAGCCCUUCGGCUCCGAUCUUGGGAGUCCCCACACUCCACUCCGCUGUGCCUUUCUCGAAUUGCAGAACACAUUCUUUAUGCUCUGGCUUAGAUUGGGUCCCAGAGGCCAGGAAUCUGCCUUUGUUCUUCAAUGCCAGAGGUUUUGGGACACCUGGUGUGUUGUUUUCCAGGCUGUGGCUUCGUUUGAUCCUACAGCCAUACAGAGGAUGCUAUGCGCAGGCCUGCCCUCAGAACCACCUGUUAGAAUCUGUGCGGCCUCCCUGCAACUGGGACAGCCAAGUUCAGAGUUAGGACACCUCAGGGAUUAACAUAGUUGACUAUGGGGCCGGAAAGGUAGCUCAGUUGUCAGUGCUUGCCUAGCAUGCCCGAAGCCCUGGGAUUUAGCUCUAGCACCCCCUAAACCUGGUGUGGUGGUGCACAUCUGUAAUUCCAGCACUCAGUAGGUAGAGGUAUAAUGGCCAGGAGUUUAAGGUCAUCUGCUACGUAGGGAGUUAGUUCAUGGCUAGGUUGGGCAACAUGAAAGACUGUCUCAAAAUCCAGCAAAGCAAAGGUCAGAAUGUUUAUGGUCCUCCAUUUCAACCCACAACUGGGAUGCCCGGACAGGCUGCAAGGUUGCUCUCCCCGGAUGUCAUGUUCAUUUCUUCAAGGGAGCAUGCAGAGUUGGACCAGAGGUUAUUCUUCCCCUUGGUCUGGUGUCCCCUCCAGGAACCCCACAACUAACUGCCCAGCCUACUGUGAAACAGCUGGGCUCUGGCUCCCAGUGGCCAAAUCGGGAGUCUUGUCACUGUGCUGCACCCCGGUCCCCUUUCCUGAUCUAGAAACAAGGAGCCAACUGGCUUCUUGAAGCCCCACAUGUACCUCGAGGCCUUUCUGCCUGCAAGCUUGUCCUGCCCCAGCUUCUGUGAAUGGGCGGGCCCCUCACGUGCUGUGUCUGGCCUGAGGCCUUUCUUGGUUUGCGUUUGGAGGGGGAGGGCAGAAGGCGUGUGAUUGGAGUGUGUUCAGAGAUGAAAAAAAUAUACCUGUAUUUAAGAGUU